AUGGAUGAAACCUACUAUGCCCAUCUGCUUCAGCACUACAAAACAUCCUAUGAUCUUCCCAACCUUGUCAGUUACCAAUAUGCCACGCUCACAAGCUCCUUUGUUGACAAUGAAAUCACAAAGUUGAAGUUCAUUGACUUACUUGGUCAACAGUACCGUGGUAAAAACGGUUCAGCUAGUUGUGGUUCUCUUGUCCACGUAAUGUUUGUUGGUAGUGACGGUAGAAAUACCCUAGCCUAUGCUGGACAAAUACAGUAUCUCUUCACACACUCCUUUACACACCCUUCUAACAGCAAUCUCCACAUGACUCGCAUGGUUCAUGAUUAUCAACAUGUAUUCGCAUAUAUCAAGUGGUUUAAUACUUCCUCUGAUAGAUCGCGUGAGGAUGAUGGUCUUGAGUUUUGUCUCUGUUGUGAAUGA